AUGGAGAUGCGCCAAUCCUCCGCACGUAGGAAAGGGAGGUCUUGCCAGCCAAAGCGAGUUCAGGUCCACGAUGACGACGGCUGGACUCACAUCACGACUACGCGACAUGCGACAGCUAACAAGCCAUGCCUACCCCCCGUCCGGGACGUAUUAGCACCCGCCGAAGCCCCUGAUGGCUUGUCUCUCAAGACGCUAAAAAAGCAGUUUGAAUGGCACAAAAAGGUCUGGGAGGAAUCACAGAGCUGGAAGACCUUGAGGGAAGUCCUUGGUACCGCGCUUAGUACAGGCGCUUUACGGACAAUCGACAAAUGUGUCUGUGUCGGUCUGGGGAGUCCCAGUGGUUUCCUGAGAGGGGGCUGGGUUGAUCGCAGGGCUGUAUCCCUAUACCAGCUGGCUGCACUGGUGACUAUUCUGGAAUAUUUCGCCUGGGAAGAUACACCGUCAAAUGCCAUCAAAGAUUGUUACGCCCAGGAUCCGGUUUUCAACAUGUUGGAUAAACAGCUUCUUGAAUCCGUCGGUGUCCAUGUUGUUGAGGACCCCAAGGCCUUUGCCCUGAUCAACGAGGGAACUUUUCUCUACUCUCCCGGAGCAGAAAGGAGCCACCUUUUGGUUAUGCUCUCUUCGAACCCCGCCCUGUUUUUUGGAGGGCCAUUGGACGGUGAAAACCUCGUUCGACUACCUGAUACCAGAGAAGACGUCCUGUCAGGAUUCCUUAAAUCGAGGCGGUCAAUGCUACUUCCACCGUUCGACUCGAAUGUAAACGCUUUUUGGAUGACAAGCUUAUUUUGGAGAUCUGAAGACACCUGA